AUAGCAUAACUAUUACUUAAAAUAUACAUGUAGGUACUGAAUAGUACAUUAUUAUAGUACCUAAUCAAUGAUUGUUAAAUAUUUAAAUAUUAAAUCUCAAAUAAUUUAUUUUUAUAUUUUUUUAGAAUGCAAUGCAAAUUUGGCAACAGUUGGGUUUGUGUAUGCCACACAAUUUGCAAAUUUCAAUGUCGCAAUGCAAUAUAGGAUACAAGUUAACGGUGACCAGAUAUUUAAAGACCAUGUGAGCGAAGUAUUUGAAAACUACGACAAUGAAGAUAGCAUAUAUAGAGCAUCACAAAUACCACUGAGUAAUAUUAAAACAUAUAUAUUUACUUUCUAUACGAGUAUCAUAGGCAACAAUAUUGACACCUUUGAAGCAAUGGUACUGACUCCAAGUCAAUUUUGUAUAAAAGAACGUAGCUCUUAUGAAUUCAUUUGGAAAGUGUGAGAAUACAUAGUAUAAAAAAAAGCUCCAAAAUUUGAUAUCAAAUCAAUUUUAACGCAUGAUUUAACACAUGAUAUAGAAAAAAACACUAUAAUUUUAAAUCCAACGCAUUCCGCAUGACUUUCAAAAUAAAAAAAUUGAAAAAUUUGA